GAAACCAUUGUCAGCGGGUAGGGUUCAAACUGUUGCACAUCUAGCAACCAGGAAGUUCUCCUGAAAAUCCGACGUGAGGCUGGUAUGUGGACCUCCUCCUGAAUUUGGGACCAGUUCCGUUUGUCCGUUUCAGUCGCAGGUAGUCUGCUGACGGGAGGCGCGAUUGGGGGAUCUCAUUCACUGAUGGUCAGGACAGGACGCUGCGCAGAGAGGUGCUGGAAUUGCUGGUUAAUUGGCAAAGACAGGGAAACUGACACUGCUGCUGCAAACAGAGAGAGAGAGACAGACAGAAAAUCCUCACUGCGGAUCCAACGAAACUCGCUCUGAGUGUGUGACCACAAGCUAGCACCUCCUGAGCUGGAAAACACCCCUCUUAAAAAAAUAAACACGCACACACUCACAGACAGCGAAGCAUUGGCUGUGAACAGAUCAGAUCGAGGGAGAACACAUUUUUGUUGGCAACACUGUCCACUCCCAGGUUAAAGCAUCAACGUGAGCCCAUCGUUUACCUCAAGACAAACGCAAAGGAAUGAAUCCCGGAGAAUCCUCUAAAUGAAAGAAUGAAUUUUAAACUUCUCAGAUCCCAGAACGAUAAGAAUGAUUUCCCAUGGAACACCACGUUGUAUCUCAGACAGCUGGAUGUAUUCUAAGGUUCAUAUUUCCUCUGCAGUCAUUUUCUUUAUUCUUGUCACUAUACACCAAGGAACGUGUGCUACGCUCAAAGGUCAAAAAGCAGUUUUCAAGCUUACUGCACCUGAUGAAUAUGGAACGUUGUCACCAGGAACAAACAUUCCUUCACUUGGUAGUUUUACUCUCUGUAUAGACAUCAGGCUAAGGCAGAAUAAUAAUAAUAGGAUGAUAGCAUUUACAUAUAACACAGACAUCAAACGUAUGCAUUCUGGGCCCCAUCAUGAACUUGGCAUCAUGAUAAAAGACAGAAAACUCGUCAUCUGGUUAUUUCAUAAACAGCUUCAUGUAAAGAAAGAUAUUCCCUUUGCUAGUUGGCACUCUGUUUGUUUAACGUGGAAUGGAAAUACUCAUGAAACACAUGUCUACUUGAAUAGAACACAUGUACUUUCAAAAACACUGAACAAUGCUUACAGCCUUGGCCAAAAUGGUAGCUUGGUGCUUGGCCGAAAGCACAGUCGAGGGGCUGACCGUUUGAGAUUGGAUCGUAAGAUAUUUGUUGGAGACUUGUAUUUGUUCAGAUUGUGGGAUCAUGCAAAAGAACGUCAGUCAAUAUCGCAACUGAACUGUGAAGAUGGAAAUGUUAUCACUUGGGACAGCCAGCAAUGGGACUUUGUGGGAUCAAUAUUGAAAUAUGAUCCCUCACUGCCUUGCAGCUCCACGUCUUCUGAAGUUACAUUAUCUCCAUCAAGCACAAAAGAAAUCAGCAUGCCAUCUACUGGGACAUCAUCUCCACCAAACAUGACAGAAAUCAGCACAACACCUACUAAGAUAUCAUCUCCACCAAAUACAACAGAAAGCAGCACACCUACUGAGAUAUCAUCUCCAUCGAAUACAACAGAAAUCAAUACAAUACUGACUGGGACAUCACCUCGACUGAACAUAACAGAGAACAGCACAACACCUACUGGGACAUCAUCACAAGGAAAUAGAACAGGGAAUUCCUUUACCAAUGCAACAAUUUCACCUAUGACAGAGAACAGCACGGCACUUACUGGGAUAUCAUCUCCAGCAAACGCAACAGAGAACAGCACGGCAGUUACUGGUUCGUUACUUCCAUGGGACAGAACAGAGAACAGCACGGCACUUACUGGGAUAUCAUCUCCAGCAAACGCAACAGGGAAUUCCUUUACCAACGCAGCAAUUUCACCUAUGACAGUUAACAGCACGACAGUUAGUGGGUCAUCAAUUCCAUGGGACAGAACAGACCACACAACAAUUACUGGGACAUCAUCCCCAUCAAACACAACAGGGAAUUCUUUUACCAACACAGCCAUUUCACCGUUGACAGAGAACAGCACGGCAGUUACUGGUUCGUUACUUCCAUGGGACAGAACAGAGAACAGCACAGCACUUACUGGGAUAUCAUCUCCAGCAAACGCAACAGUUAACAAUACAACAGUUACUGGGUCGUCAUCUCCACAGGACAGAACAGCGAAUUCCCUUACUAAUGCAACAAUUUCACCUAUUACAGAGAACAGCACGGCAGUUACUGGGUCGUUACUUCCAUGGGACAGAACAGUGAGCACCAUGACUACUACUGUGACAUCAUCUCCACAGAACACAUCAGAGAAUUUCAUUAGCAAUAUGACCAACUCACCUGAGACAGCAAACUCUACAACUAUUACAGGGACAUCAUCUUCACAGAACACAACAGGGAAUUCACUUAUCAACAUGACCAUCUCAUUUGGAACAGGAAAUUCUGUUACCAAUAACAGCACCUCUCCUGGGACAGAGAACUCCAUACCAACAAAUGGGACCUCAGCUCCGCAGAUCACAACAGUGAACAUCACAACAGGCAUUGAGACAUCACUUCCACAGAUUACAACAGUGAACAACAGUCCUGUAAAUGGAACAUCCACUACGCAGAACACAACAGUGUACUCCACGUCGUCGCCACAGGACACAACAGCGACCAGCACGACUAUUAAUGAGACAUUAUCCACACAGAAGACAACAGGGAAUUCCACUACCAAAAUCAGGACGCAACCUGGGACAGUGUACAUCAUCACUGUGAAUAAAACAUCCACUACACAGAACACAACAGGGAUGACCAUUGCUACAAAUAGGACAUCAACUUCACAGACCAUGCCAGUGAGCACAACUGGAAUAUUAUCUCCAGGGAACACAACAGUGAACAGCACAAUUAUUACAACAUCAUCACCUCUACAGAACACAACAGUGAACAGAACAGAGACAGAGACAUCAUCACAGAACACAACAGUGAACAGCACAAUUAUUACUACUUCAUCACCUCUACAGAACACAACAGAAGAUCCACUAAUGAUCAGUCCCACAGAUGCAAGUGCUGUUGCUUUAAUUGUGGCCCAACUGGAGAAAAUAUUGCAAAUGGAGAGCAUAAAUGAGAAACUCGCUGCAACACUCGUUAACACAAUAAGCAACCUCAUCAAUGCCUCAGUUGAUGCUGUUGCCUCAUCUUCCAGACAGAUACUGGAUAUUGUGGACACAAUUGGUGAGAAGCUGAAUUUCACAACAGAUUCAAUAAACAUCACCUCCCCUUUCUUGGCUCUGGCUGUGAACAAAAUCGAUGCUACUGCCUUCAGUGGAGCAGACUUCAGCAUCAGCAACAUUACCAACCUGCAGGUCUCUCUGGAUGACAAAUCUCCUGAGGCAAGUUUUGCAGCGAUUGAACUUCCACCUUCCCUAUUCAAAAAUUUCUCUUCAGAGGAGGUGGAUAAUGUUUCGACACUUCAAUUCUCUUUUCAUGAGAAACCAACAUUGUUCCAGGAUUCCAACAUGGGUAACGCAUCUGACUUGAACAGUUAUAUCAUUGCAUCCAGCGUUAAUGCAAACAUCAGCAUCAGUGACUUGGCAGAUCCAGUCAAAAUCACGUUCAAGCACCUUAAGCUCACUGAGAAUGGUUCUAUUGUGGAGUGUGUAUUCUGGGAUUUUCUGAAAAACAAUGCCAGUGGUGGAUGGAAUUCAGAAGGUUGUACCACUGCACAGACCACAUCAAAUCAGACAGUAUGCGAAUGCAACCAUCUCACCCAUUUUGGUGUCUUACUGACGAUUUCCAGAGAUCCUAUAACUGACCCUGUCCAGGAGCGAAUCCUUACUUUCAUUACAUACAUAGGAUGUGGCCUUUCUUCAAUUUGCUUGGCUAUGACCUUGGUGACAUAUCUCGUUUUUGAAAAACUUCGGAGAGAUUACCCCUCAAAAAUCCUGAUAAACCUUUGCACAGCCCUGCUGUUCCUCAAUAUGGUUUUCCUCAUUGAUUCCUGGAUUUCUGUCUAUCGUAUAGAGGGCUUAUGUAUCGCUGUAGCUGCCUUGCUCCAUUAUUUCCUGUUGGCCUCUUUCACCUGGAUGAGUCUUGAGGCUCUGCACAUGUACUUGGCUCUAGUUAAAGUCUUCAACACUUACGUGCGCAGAUACAUAUUGAAAUUCUGCAUUCUUGGUUGGGGCAUCCCCAUUGUAGUGGUAGCCAUUAUACUUGGUACUGGUGCCAUGGGACGUCACAACUAUGGAAUUGGACCUUAUGGAAGGAAAACCAACACUACUUUGGAUGAAUUCUGCUGGAUCAACAAUGACACAACCUUUUAUGUUGCCGCAGUAGGGUAUUUCUGUAUAAUGUUCCUUGUGAACCUUAGCAUGUUUAUUGUGGUGUUGACUCAACUCUGUCAAAUAAAAAGCAAGCAGCACCAUCAGAAUGCACAGAAGAGUGUGUUACAAAACAUUAGAAGUGUGGCCGGCCUCACAUUCUUACUUGGAAUCACAUGGGGAUUUGCCUUCUUUGCAUGGGGUCCAGUAAACCUUCCAUUUAUGUACCUCUUCGCCAUCUUCAACACUCUGCAAGGAGCCUUCAUCUUCAUUUUUCAUUGUGUAAUCAAAGAAAAUGUCCAGAAAGUGUGGAGGAGGUAUUUAUGCUGUGGCAAGUUGAUGUUGCCUGAAAAUUCAGAUUGGAGCAUAACAGCAACACACAACACAAAGAAGCUACAACCUCUAGCCCAAGGCAUGUCUCUGUCCUCAACUUCCAACAACUCCUUACAGUCCACCUCCCCGCUUUAUCCAGUCCGUGACUACUCCUGUCACCCCAAUGUGAAUGGUGCUAAGCUUUGAAGUUGCAACCUCACAUCCCCCAAUCAUGACUUUUGAUGGUAACACUGACAGUAGAAGCCUGAAGUAUUCACCUAGUUAUUUUCUAAACAAUCAGUCGUUCUUGGAAUGGAAGCUGGACUGUGUUAUGAACUCUCCUGAUUUAAAGGACAAAUGUUGAGUGAAGCAGUAUUCAACCACCCUGUCUGAAAUGGAAACCAAUCAAUCAUUCACUUUCAGAAGUUCUUCGAAAUAUUUUAAAAUAACACAACUGUAUCUACCUAAUUGAAUUGAAGUUAAUAGCAUUUGCAAAACUAACAAAUACACUUUGGAGGCUUAAGAUCUGUUCUGUACUUGCAAAGAAAAUUUUGAAGUGAAGAUUUGAUUGUGUUCUUAUGGUUAGAAGUACUUCAACAUAAUGAUCCUGUAGGUAUGAAGAUCAUAUGAAUGUCAAUACAAUACUAUUUAAAAUAUGGCCUAAUGCAGCUUGUAUCAAUUGUGAUGAAAAUUUAGACUAAAGAAAAAGCAGGUAUUCAGUAACUUAUUGCAACUGAUUUUAUUGAUGAAAAGGUAGCAUUUCUAUUUUAUCGUAGUGAUUGUUUUACUGAAAAAUGACCUCUUAAAAAUUGCUAUUCAUCAUUCAAGCAUUACUGAAGUUUAACACAGUUGCAGAUGUAUUGCACAGGCUUUAAAUAUAUGUGAAGAUAAUCAUGUUAUAAUGUGAUUCUAAAUUUAUGUUAUUGCCUAAUAUUUAUUAUUUUAAACCUUUAUGGAAUGCCUGAAGAAUUGAGUGGUAUCAGUGUUUUCUAACAGUACACUGGAGUCUAACUAAUGAUGUCAAGUAGUGCUGUCAUCUAGAUACCCAAAACUGAAUUGAUGUUUCUACAAGGUCCACAGCAUUCCCAUGCACACAAAUUACUCUGUAACAGCUUCCCUCAACACAACUUUGGACAAAGUCCAUGAAUAGAGACGAUACUUGAGAAACAAAAUUUGUUAGCUUUGUUUCAGAGAUAGUAGGAACUGCAGAUGGCUGGAGAAUCUGAGAUAACAAAGUGUCGAGCUGGAUGAACACAGCAGGCCAAGCAGCAUCAGAGGAGCAGGAAGGCUGGCAUUUCGGGCCUAGUUUGUUAAUGGAAAAUUGCCUUCAUACAUUUUAAUGCACUGGAUUAUUUGAAAUUUAGUGUUGAUUAUCAAGAUGCCCAAUCCAAAACAUUACAUUAUGAGUCACAGAGGACUAUACUGUGCAUUCUGCAAUAAUUAACAAUUACAUUUUUCCCCCCCAAUUUGAAAUCAUACAGCACAGAAUAAGGCUUGUGUGUCUAUACCAUGAAGUAAUGUACCUUCAAUAUCAUUCUAUUAAUUGGAGCUUAUAAAAGUAUAAGAGAAGACAACGCAGGACAUAUAUUGUCAUUUCAAGUUUGUUUUUCUUACUAAUAUGGGUUGUUAUUUCGGUUUAUCGUUUACAAACAUAAAGAAAAUGAUGUAAUUCAGUCCCAUAGUUGUAAAUAGGUAUAGCAACGUUUAGCAUACUGUGUAUAUUACAAUAGUAAAAUACUGCUUUUAGCAAAAUUGCUAUUUGCUUCAUAAACGCACAGGAAUGUAAAAACAUGGAAAAACCCUCUAAUCCAUGCAAUCUACAUUCACGCUAUAUCUGAAGAAGGGUCUCAAAUCAAACUUUCCUGCUCCUCUGAUGCUGCUUGGCCUGCUGUGUUCAUCCAGCUCCACACUGUGUUACAAUAUGAACAAAUGUACAUUUCUUCCACAAUCAAUCACAGAAAUAUUAUUUUCUAAAAAUGAGGAUAAGACAAACUUAAAAACCACCUUGUUUGAAAGCACAGAAAGUCUGCAUUGUGCUUUUUUUUAAACAAACCAGUGCAGGUUCUUUUUCAUUUACUUGUCCCAUUCUUGAAGUGGUCUAUUUGAAACACUCACACGCUGAAAUGCUGGAGGUAAUGACUUGAUGGGGUCAAUAUGUCCUUACCAGGGUUCACAACGUGUCAGAAAAUAUCCAGACAUGUAUUUAUAAAACUUAAGUUGUGAGCUACUGGUCAAGUUACAGUACGUUUUCAGUCUUAAAUCCCAUCUGAUUUUAUUCUUUAAUACAAUAAUACCCAUAUCUAGAAAUAGUAUUUGUUUACUAUUCUUUUAAAAAUUGAUUCACCGUACUUAUUGCAUGUAGUAGAUAACUUUCAUACAUUUUGUACUUCGAUGUGGUGUAUGUAUACUUUGUUUAUGUUGACAUGAAACAGUCAGAAGUCUGAUUUUUAAAGGGAGGGUCCAAGCAGAAUGGAAUGCUUUUAGGUUGAUUCAGUUACACAAAGAUUUUCAUGGUUUUCUUCUGUUCAAGUCUCUCCGACUCCUGUAUUGGGAUUUGUAAUUUUCAUUUGCAUUUUCUAAAAAUUUUAAAAUAACAAGCAGCUAACUUGAGUCACAUCUUUGCAAGUUCCUCUGGUAAAAUAUUAUAGAGCUGAACAUUAUACAGAGCCAAGCAAGACCAAUGACUUCUGCCAUGUCAGGUGAUGUUAUGGUCUUACACACUUUCAUAGAUUGAUAUGAAUUUUCAACCAUUAUCAAAUACAGGAAGUUCUCCCCUCUGCAUCUGAGCUAAAAAUGUUUACUUUGUCAGUUGCAGGCAUAUCAGCUAAAUUGACUGAUCCAUGCACAUUACACUUGGAGCUUUCUAGCUUGUUCCCCAAAUAAGUAACAAAUAUGGAGGUUUUAUACUUAAUUGCAACAUCAAAAUGCCUUGACAUUGCUUAACAUAGUCAAUAGUUAUCUGUAGGAGAGUAAGGAUGUAUUAAACUUACAAGAUGAAGGGAUAGCAUGUUCUGUGAACAGAUGUGGAAUUAUCUCAAAGGGAGUCAUUUUGCCCUUGGGCAAGAGUGUAAAAUGUGCAAUAAUAAGUCAACCACCUGAAAUGGAUCUCUCCAGCAUUAUUUCUGUUUAACUAACUGGAAGUGAAAAUUGGGAGAGAUGGACAUCAGGAUAGAUAUAGAGGAGGUAGCUGGGUGGUAAAGUCCAUAUAGUAGUUAGUUUGAUCGUAACCACAAUGUUUGAUACUAUUUUCAAUGAUUUACAAACAGUUAUGCGAACGAGUGAUAAUAUUACUUCUGCCUAAGUGUUAUAACUAAGUAGUAAUUAUAUUGUCUGUUACAGCAAAUAAAGGUAGAGUGAGUUCAAUUUGGUUAGACUAAUCCAGCAGUCUAGAUGAUACUCUCCCAUAAUGCCAAUAAAAUGCACCAGGGUUAGAGUUGUUUUACAUCUUAUCAGUAUCUGUGAUAUAGCUUCUAGAUUGUAUUACUGUCAACCCAUUGCAACUGGAAGCUUAACCAUUACUGCAAGAUAUCAGAAAAUUGUACUUUUUCAAGAAUAAAUAUACUAAUUAAAUGAUA